AUGGUUAAAAAGACGGGAACAGAAAAAGUACGGGAUGAGAGAAAGAGACAAACCGCUUUGAGCGAUCUCCAUAGAAAGGUUUUUUAAGUUAUUAUUUUAAUAAUAAAUUCUAAUUUUUUAAAGUUGGUGCAUGUCAGAAACCGUCAAGACAAAGUCAAUGAAGCUCUGGAGAGUUUGCAAAAGUUUUGUGAGAAGGAAACGAGUGUUCUUGGCAGUCCAAGGCAUAAGGUUAUUUAUUACUACUAUUUAUAAUAAUAAAUUGUGUUUUUACAGCCAAAAAAGCAUCUUGCUUCACCAGAACUUGCAAAAGUCUUCAGAUUCGUUGUCUGAUUAUAUCAGGUCUGAGAAAAUAUUCCUAUUAGUUUUUAUCCUGAUUUUUCAGGAAAUUGCUAUUAGACGUCGAGAAAAUUCGGAAACAAGAGUACGAGUCGAAAAUGAAAAACGAAAUUAAGCGGCAAGCUCUCAUGCAGCUUAUUAAUUUGCAGGUUUUAUUGAGAAGAAAAAGUUCAAUUCAUAGGUUUUUUUUCAGGGAAAUACUCUUCCAUUGUGGGUUAACGGAAAUGAAGGUUUCCCUGGACCUUUUGUCGGCGCCAUCCAUAUUUCCGAACAUAAACGGCUGGAAAUCGGAGACGCCGUUGCUGCCUUCUCCAAUAAGAACUGGAUAUUAGGAGAAGUUUGUUCAUUUUCUCAUUGUUUGAUGAUUACAAUUUUUGGCCUGCUUUUUAUUUGCAAAUUUCUGAAAUAUCACCUUUAAUUUCUAAUUUUUUUUUCAAACUGCUUAUAAAUGCCUUUAUAUUACUUGAUUCGCUGAUGAAACCAGCCUCAGAAAAAAUCGGGUAAAAGUCAAUAUAAUUUUGAACGAAAAAUUUUUUAAAUUGUAUGUAGUUUGAUCACCGUGGAUUUGAGACCAGAAUGAUCUCUACAAAAAAAGCGAAGUUGUACGGAAAGAUGAGAAUCUCUGUGUUCAAUUUUUUUAUUUUCAGUUUUUUUAUGUACCUUUUUGAUGAUGGAAACGAGACGCAGACACAUCAGACUGUUUCAUGUUAUCGCGAUUGAACUAUAGAAUAUCGAUAAAAGCUUUUUUUUUUAGACCUAAUAAGCGAGCUUUUCCGUGCAGAUUCUGUGUGUAUUAAAAGAAAAAGGAGAAAAAGCUUCUACAAUCUUCGAUUCCAGAUUAUCGGCCACCUGCCAGGUGGAAAAUACGAAGUGCGCGAUGUCGACGAAGAACAGCAGAAAAAAGCCAAGGCGAUUUUCCCGCGCUACCGACUGAUUCCCCUGCCGCGAUUCCGCGCCGACCCUCAACACGAUCCGCACGCCUUAUUUCCACUUGACGCCAUCGUCUUGGCCCUCUACCCGCAAACAACCUGCUUUUAUAAAGGUUCGAUUUUUUACUCGUUUUCUGGAAAGAAUCCCUCUUGAGAUUUACAUUCCAUCUGACUAAAACAACCAAUAAAUAUUGAUAUAUUGAUGAUUAAUUGAUUAGUUUCAUAGGAAUUAUUGGGUUAGAAAAAUGUAUACAAAAAGUCAAAAAAAGCAUUAUCGCUUCUCAUAGUUUUUUAAGGUCCCCAGAAGAUUCAUUUUUUUCGAGUCGAAAUUUGUUGCGUUAAAUAUUUUCAGUAUGAAAAAAGCCUUCAAAUCGAAAAAAACGAAAUUCAAUAAACUUUAUAAAGUUGGGCAGAAUUUUUUUCAAAAAAAUUUUUUUGAAAAAAAUUGGAACUUCCAGGAAAAAGAAUUUUUUUAAUUUUUUUGAGUCAGUCAAGUUUUCAGCAGAAGAAAACACAAAUUUCAUCUUUUUUUGCUCCCGGAGCGCUACUCUAUUCUUAAUCUAGCUUUUUUUUUUGCUUUUUUAAAGUUCUCCUUAAGGCAGUUAUUGUUCUUUUUCUCAGUUUUAAAAGAUGAAAUUUAAAUUGUAUAAAUUUAGGAGUCGUACACAAGGUACCGGCGACGCCUACAGAAGACUACCAAGUGGUUUUCGAAGACGUCAGUUAUCCGACAGGAUAUUCGCCUCCGAUGCACAUUCCCCAACGUUAUGUCGUCCCCUUUAUGAAAGUUGUGCCCCCAUCAAAAAAGAGAGGGACGAGGGAUCGUGAAGAUGAGGAUAGCGAUUGA